AUGUCCGAAUUCCCUCCUGCGGCGGCCCUUCCGUCCCUAUCCCUCUCUGAAGGGGUCAGGCCUGACGAGAAGGCCGUUCCCGUGAUUGUCGACAUCUGGCUGGCGUCCCUGCAGCACCGACUGGAGAAAAAGAACCUUUCUGAUAUUUCGGAUCUCUUCGUUGAGGAGUCCUGGUGGAGGGACGUCCUCGCUCUGUCGUGGGACUUCCACAGCAAGAGCGGCUUAGAGGCCAUUACUAAGUUUCUGAAAGAGUCCGAGACGGACCUUGGCCAUCUGAAAGCUAUCAAAACUGGCGGCCUGGCGCCUAAGCUGGAAGAAGAGGGUGGAAUGCAAUGGAUACAAGCAGGUUUUACUUUCGACACUAAAUAUGGCAGUGGUCAAGGACUCGUCCGACUAGCAAAUAUUGCCCCAUCGAUAUGGAGAGCUUGGACCGUUAUGACCCAGCUGGAGCAACUGAAGAGCCAGGAAGCGCCUGUACAGUCUCAGAUUAACGGCGCGACAAAUGGCAAUGGACCUGCGACGCCUGCGAAGGACAACCUACAAGUCUUGAUUGUUGGCGGAGGCCAAAGUGGACUCUCGCUCGCCGCACAUCUCAAACAUUUAGGGGUGCGGAGCAUGAUCGUGGAGAAGGGUCCUCGAGUAGGUAACGCGUGGCUGGAGCGAUACGACAGUGUCCGCACUCAUACAACAAUGCAUGGAGACCACUUCCCCUUCCUAAAGUACCCCAGCAACUGGCCUCACUGGCAAGACAAGGAACACAUCACUAGAUGGAUGGAGCAUUACGAGAAGCUCAUGGGUAUCGAGGUUCAGCUCAACACGGCUGCCGAAAAGGCCGAAUAUGACGAAUCGAGCCGCCAGUGGUCUGUUCACGUCCAGGACAAGGAGGGCAAGCGUGUGAUACAAGCGAACCAUGUGGUGAUGUGCCUCGGCAUGUUCGGCCAGGAGCCCGUCAUUCCCGAAUUCCCAGGUCGCGAUUCGUUUAAGGGUCUGGCGUACCAUGCUGGCAUACACAAGUCUGCGAGCAACAUCCCGGAUCUUAACAAAAAGAACGUCACCGUCAUUGGAUGCGCCACGACUGCCCAUGACAUGGCCCAGGACUUUGUAAACCAUGGUGCCAAGAGCGUAUCUAUGAUCCAGCGUCAGCCAACAUGGUCUUUCUCCUCGGAGGCCAUUCAGAAGUACCACCUGUCCCACUUUACCACCCCUGGCGUCAGCACCGAAGAAGCAGACCUCAUCCUCAGCUCCAUCCCUACCGCCGUCGCCCGAGUCUUUGGUUACGAGAUGACGCAAAUGAUGAUUAAGCACGACACAGAGCUCUUGGACAAGCUUGAAGCUACAGGGAUGUCUCUGAAACGCGGCGAGGACGGCUCGAGUUUUAUCGAUUACCUGUUCUUCAAGGGUGGGCACUUUUACGUUGACCAGGGUGCUACGCCCAUGAUUCUCGACGGCCGAAUCAAGGUCUAUAUGUGCGAAGGAGGUGUCAGGGAAUUCUGUCCAGAGGGCCUACUUCUCGGAGACGGGCGGAAAGUCGAUGCCGACGUGGUUGUUCUAGCCACGGGAUUUGAGCCAGCCACUGUACAACUCAAGCAACUCAUGGGGGACAAGGUAUGGGAGAAGGCAUCCAAGUUUGGGGAGUUUGACGAGGAGUUGGAACGCCUUGGCUGGUGGCGACCGACAGGUAUUCCGGGAUUUUGGUAUAUGUGUGGUACCUUUUCUUGGUCGCGGCAGUACUCUUCCGUUGUUGCAUUGGAAAUCGCAGCCGUCGAGAAGGGCUUGAUUGACGGAUACUGGGGGAAAUGA